AUGACUCGAUACGACAACACAAAUGCUAUUGAACUUACGGAAGUUGAUAUGAUUGUGGUUGGCGGUGGCACAUCAGGAUGUAUAAUUGCUGGCCGAAUCGCAAAAGCACAACCAGACAUCUCCAUAUUUGUGAUUGAAGGUGGGCUAGACAAUCGGCAUGACCCUACUAUUAGCAAGCCUAUAUUGUGUUCCACACAUAUAAAGGGGGAAAGCAAUUUCAUGUCGAUUUAUCAGGCGCAGCGAUUGCCAGAUACUGUUAAUCGAGAUUGCUUCAUUAAAACCGCAGCUGUACUUGGUGGUGGCUCUUCGGUUAACUUUUGCAUUUACACUCGGCCAUCGGCUGCCGACUUUGAUAGUUUCAAUGCAGAUGGAUGGGCGUUUAAAGACAUUUUGCCAUUCAUGCGAAAGUUCGAAACCUUCCACGGCUAUGGCAACUCACGCGUCCAUGGAUAUGAUGGGCCGGUUCAUAUCUCGGAUGGUGGUUUUUGUGUCCCACGAGUUGAAAGUAUGAUAUUUGAAAGUGCGGCUAGAUCCGGUUACGACUAUAUCGAGGAUGCCCAAGACCCUACAGAACUACCAUCUAUAGGAGUGGCUAAAUGGAGGCGGUAUGCUUCAACCGAUGGAGUCCGCCAGGAUACAGCGCAUACCUAUCUCCAUCCUCUACUCGAUGAUAACCAACAUCCGAACCUCCACCUGGCUUUGAACACGAAGGUCUCUAGGGUGAUAUUCGACAAAUACAACUGUGUAAUCGGAGUGGAAUGUUACAGCGAUAGAGAGAUUUUAAAAGUCAUUGCCACAAAACGUGUGAUACUUGCUGCAGGCACCUUCGGCACUCCCCAGAUCCUAGAACGCUCGGGGAUUGGUAGUUCUCGACUCCUGAAGAGCCUGGCAAUACCACUUGUCUCUGAGUUAAGUCAAGUAGGAGAAAAUUAUCAGGACCAUCCAUUGAUAUCUGCUGCAUACAAAACGUCCUUAAAACCAGGAGAGACCCUUGAUGGCGUUCUUGGGUCCGGAAAAACACUCGCUCAUGCCAUUCAGACCGGGGAUCCCAUUUUAGGAUGGAACGGCGUCGAUAUCUGCUUCAAGUUACGUCCUACUGAGAUGGAAAUUGCUAAUUUCAGCCUCGCUAUGCAAGCUGCUUGGGAAAAAGAUUUUCAACAUGUUCCAGAUAGGCCCGUGAUAUAUCUUGCGGUUGUGUCUGGCUUUAUAGGUGACCGGAAAGCGGUUCCUGCGGGUCAGUAUGUAUGCAUAACCUCGUGGCUGGCACAUCCGUACUCGCGAGGCAAAAUCCACAUUGCGUCGUCUCACGCCAAUGAUCCACCAAUAUUCCAUAGUGGUUUCCUCUCAGAUCCCGAUAAUCUCGAUCUGGAAAUGUUAGUAUGGGCGUACAGAAAGGGUCAUGAGAUAAUGCGCUCCUUCUCAUUCUACGAUGGGGAGGCAGAUGUCGAUGGUGCUGCUGGUCUCGGUCAUCCCGAUGGAAUAUUUUUGGAGAACGGAAAGCUACGAGCUGAUAAUGGACCGAUCCAAGACUUUGUACGACGAACCGUAACGAGUGCACUUCACCCCUUAGGAACAUGCAGAAUUGGAAGUGGUGAUCUUGGUGUGGUCAACGAGCGCUUGGCCGUACAUGCCGUGGGCGGCUUGCGCUGUGCAGAUCUCAGUAUUUGUCCUAAUAAUCUUGGUACUAAUACUGCCAGUGUUGCAAUGACUGUUGGUGAGAAAGCUGCUGCAAUGAUUUUGGAGGAUUUAAUUGUUCCAUGUUAA